GGGACUAGGGCGCCGUUGAGACGGGGAGGAGGAGAGCGCGCACCAAAGGCUGGAGUGAGCACUCAGUUGCCUUGCGGAGGACGCUAAGCAAACAGGAGUACUCGCGGCGCGCCUUCGUAAGAAAAGUUUCCGUGUGUUUCUGUGUGGUUGACAGAAAUGUUCACAGCUCAAAGGGGUCCCUCGCGUUCAUCGGAAUACUGUAGCUGCGGAGAUACGGGAAGCAGCACGAGCAGUACCGGCACCGCCGAAGAGACCGGUCAACUUGCACUCUUCUCAUUCAUCGUUCCGACGCAUCGCGGCAGUGACCAUCAUUACCUUCGCAAGAUUCUUGCAAACAACAUAUAUUUCAGGGAUGGCCUGUUGCUCAGCUCCAAUGAAAAAUGUGUACUGUUUCCAGUGGUCCACUUCACAGAAAACUAUUAUGAGACAUUACAUCAUCAAAUGCAGAAAGGGCAGUUUCUUGAUGAACACAUGCUGGGGAGUGAAUUUAUUUUGCAUCAAGGAUUAUAUCGUGAGGUGAGAAGCAUUAUUCCAGAGACAGAGUUACUUUCGUCAUCUCAACACAAUCAUGUUGCCUACAUGCUCUUAAGCUUCAAAACUCUGGAGAGGAAUUUCAGUCAGGUAAUGCUGGAUACUUGGAAGGACUGGACAGGGGCACGUCACAUUUACAUGAACCUUCCUGACAAGCUGGGUCUCACCAGGAUAAGUUUCUAUCACAGAGAAGCUCCGCCCAGUCUCUCACCCUUCACGUACCUUGUACUUGCAGAGUGCAGAGGCAUUACUUCAAAGGAGCACCAGAUUCAGCUGUUGGACUUUGCACAACGGAUGAGAGUAGAGCGGAUGUCAGGAUCCAUUUCUGUGUACAGUUCAGAGCCCCUCUCCAGAAGCCAAUUAGAACCGAAUCCUCAAUAUACUGCUAACAACUCAAAUUCUGAUCAUUCCAAACACAACUCAACGCGAUGGCUUCACAGUCUGCAGUGAGCCUGAUGGCUUAGUUUCUGCUACCUUCGGCACACUCAUCUAUACUCACCACUGAGGGUUGUUGUUCAGAGAUACAUCAUUCAGAUACGAUAAAUAGUAAUAAUGUUGCAAAGCAUGCUAGAAAAAUAACAUGUACUUAUAGGUCACUUACAGUAGACUAUUUUUAUAUCACAGUACAUAACAAGCUUAAGUAACAAAUUUAGUUCUAGGUUAUUAUUCCAAGUAGGUUUACUGAAGUGGUAACACUUCUAAAUUGUAAUCAAGAAGUAUCAAAUUUGAAUCUCAGCUGAAGAUCUGGGAGACCCAACAUUUUUCAUAACUCUCCUCAGUUUCUUCAUAGAUGGACAAAAAUAUCUUGAAAUAUACCACGACUACUCCUUCCCAAUCCUUUUCACUUUACAUCCAUCCACCCCAUGUGAUGCUAAAUAAUCUCUGCAGUUUGAUACAGCAUUGUUAAAUAUCUAGUAUGAUGAAUCAAGCAGUGAAAUGUAACUUUCAAAUCCAAGUUCAAAUCUGAACUGCAUCAACAGAUAAUGGAAACCAAUAUUCAAUAUCUAGACAGAGGUUAGCAUCCGAGUAUUCUUAACAUGUUUUGUGGUCUGGACACUGCACUCCACGAAAAACAACCCCCAAUACCCAGCAGAUAAGAGGGUAGGGAGGCAACAGAACUGCUCUGGGCAUGGCUGUACCAUUAACUGGUAAAACUGGAGUCUGACAGUCCUCUAAAUUACCAUUGACUGCUUUCAUCAAAAUGGUAUCUUGCAUUCAGUACUGGCAAAACUUUGUAACAAAGGCUGUGUGGCACUGACACAUCAAAAUACUGGUGGAGACUAUUAAUAUACUGAAACAAGAAAUAAAAAAACCAACACAUGUACAAAAUUCAUUUAAAUGUUUCUCUAUACUAAAAUUAAAUAAAACUCUUUUGUUAUUAGAUUA